AGUCACAACCUUUAGGUUUUUUCUUCUUGUUGCUGUCAGCCUUUGUGUAGACCUCUUGUUCCUGGUCACCCUUUGAUGGGGAUUGUUGCUUGCUACGGCCGCAUCCCAUAGCUUCCUGGUAUAGCCACAUGGGGACGGCUUCAUUCAACACUACUUGAUUACCAUGAUUUUGAGGAAGGGGAGGAUUGUUGUAGCGACGGAAACCUGGUAGAUGUUAUUGGGUCAUUGAUCAAAGCAAGAGAUUUCUAUCGGCUUCAAAAUGCGCUUGAUCGGGGGGCUUAUAUCAACUUCACAAACAAAUUUGGAGAAGGGCCCCUUCACCUGGCUGUUUCACAAGAUGAGACAUUAGGCUUGUGAGUGGAGGGAAUGUGGGCGUGUCUAGAGAUGACGGGAAGAGACCAGUGAUUGGUCAGAAGUUUUACCUACAGAAACUGUCAUGAUUCUUACCAGGAUUGAAUAGGUGUACUUAUGGGCAGAGACCACGGCUUUCCAUCUUGGGAGACACUCCGGUGGCCGACACACAGUGUGCAGAGCACUAGCGUCAUGCUGUCCAGGUCAUGUGUGUCGAGCCUACCAGAGGUUCGAAACCUCUCGUCCAGUUGCAGCAUGUGCACGCUCACCCACAAGCAGACCCCUGUAUGCGCUGGGAUCGCUAGCCCAGCAGCGAUUUUGUGGGGAAACUGGACCAACUGCCCGGGGCACAUCAAGCCGUCGCCAAGAGAUACCAGGACAGUUGUCAAGACGACGACCCUCUCAGCGGUUUGACAGGAACCAGCUGAUGUCACGACAGAUGUCUGUAGCAAACAGUCCAGGUGGAGUUAGUCAAAGAUUCUCCACAAGGCGGCGACCUGAGCAGGAAAGGUUGCCAAACCUCCCACAGAUGCACAGGUUAGAUGAUUCCAUCAGCCAGGGCUCAACAGGUUUUGAAAGGGACUUCAGGUUCAACAACAGAGACAUAGGAACACACUCUGGACAGCCAAACUGGGCAUCUGGCCAGAGGCAGACAGGAAUGGGAAGUUGGGGAUUUUCUGGGACAUCCUUCCCUCCAGCAAGUCAGGCAUCUGGUUUUCCGGGAACAAGUCAGACAUUCAGUAGUGGCACUGAGGGACAGACUUUCCUUGGUGAGGCCACUUCACCAGUGUUGGGUGUUAGGGAGUCAUUCACUAGGUCUGGGGACCCUUCAUCAAGGAACUCUUUCUUCAGAUCUGACCAAUCAGUAACAAGACCAAGAGACUCACCAGAGGGACAAAGGAGGUCUACAUUCAGAUCUAGAAAUGAUUUUCAAAACAAUGACCCUUUCUCAAGACCAGAAGAUGCUCUUACAGUAAGUGAGGGAAGAAAUGUUGAACUUGGCAGACGUCCCUCACAAAGGCUGCCAUUCACCUUACAAAGUGAUUCAUUUUCACAGGACCAGUUGGGUCCAAUGCCUGGAGAUCCAAUACCACCAUUGGCCGACAAAAAUCCAGCUUUUCAGCCACCAGCAAACAGCCUGACAUUUCCUGGAUUGCCACAAUCCUUUUCAAGAUCACUAGGGUCUUUUCCAUCCUCUGCUACAACAGGGUCAUUUCCUAGUUCACCACAGCAAUUUUCAGGGUCAUCUAUGUCAUUACCUGAACCAUCUACAUCAUUUUCCAGUUCACCUCAAUCAUUCCCCAGUUUGUCUCAGUCAUUCACUGGUUCAUCUCAGUCAUUCCCUGGUUCGUCUGAAUCAUUACCUGUUUCAACUCAGUCAUUCCCUGGUUCAUCUCAAUCAUUCCCCCGUACAUCUCAGUCUUUCCCUGGUUCAUCUCAGUCAUUCACUGGUUUGUCUCAGUCAUUCCCUGGUUCAUCUCAGUCAUUCCCUGGUUCAUCUCGGUCAUUUCCUGGUUCAUCUCAGUCAUUCCCCGAUUCAUCUCAAUCAUUCCCUGGUUCAUCUCAGUCAUUCCCUGGUUUAUCUCAGUCAUUUCCUGAACCAUCUCAAUCAUUUCCUGAACCAUCUCAAUCAUUCCCUGGUUCAUCUCAAUCAUUUCCUGGUUCAUCUCAGUCAUUUCCUGAACCAUCUCAGUCAUUCCCUGGUUCAUCUCAAUCAUUCCCUGAUUCAUCUAAGUCAUUCACCGAUUCAUCUCAGUUAUUCCCUGGAACAUCUCAGUCAUUCCCUGGUACAUCUCAAUCAUUUCCUGGCUCAUCUCAGUCAUUCCCUGUUUCAUCUCAGUCAUUCCCUGGUACAUCUCAAUCAUUCCCUGGUUCAUCUCAGUCAUUCCCCAAUUCAUCUCAGUCAUUCUCUGGUUCAUCUCUGUCAUUCUCCGAUUCAUCUCAGUCAUUUUCCGACCCUUCUCAGUCUACUGUAGGGCAGGAGCUGUGGGGUGGUGAUAAAUUUCAGGCCUCUAGACAACAAGGUUUUGAAAAUACUGGGUCAGGAGGUUUUGAAUCAACAUUAACUCAGGGUUUUUCUGCAUCAUCUUUUGGUUCACAGCAAUUUGAUGUCCCUCAGCCUAGUUUGUUUGAAUCAUCAGUGCAUAGUCCGAAUGUUUUUGUUAGUCCUGGGAAAGGAGGUGAUGGGUUCAGCAUCCAGAUGCCAAACACCCCCAACCUUGGCUCAGAGACCCGCCCCUUGCUGGCUGACCUAGGCCCAGUAGAGGUCAGUCGAGUUCCUGGAGCUGGAGAGCAGAAUAAUAACACACCAAUGAAUACAGGAUGAACAGGAAUAUGGUUACAGGCAAUACUGACUAGAAGCACCUCUGAUAUGUGUGCUAUAAUCAUGUUUGCAUUGGCCCGGGGAAAUUAGUUCAUAAAUUCCAUGACAUUAUGCUAAUGAAUAAUUAUGAUACACUAUUGAUAGCAUAUUGUGACAUUGUAUUAUAUUACUGUUGUUCUGUAUUGCUAUGCCUUCUACUGGCUUGUGUCACCAGAGAUCAUAUUGAUCUAGGUACAUGAGUAUGUACUGUAAAUUAUAAAUUGCAAUGGGAAAAUAAACAGGACAUGCUUUGAUGACAGCUGUAUUAGUUAACAAAUGAUUUAGGCAUUAGAUUACGCAACAGUAUGUAUGUAGUGUUGUCAGUCGAAUGAAAUGUACCUAAACCUUUAUCAUAUGAUAGUAAUGAUGCACAAAGGCAAACAUUUAAGGCUUGUAAUUAUGAGCCUGUCAUUAGAUGUAUUAUGAUUAUGUAUGUUUGUCCUUAUAUAUUAAAUUGAGAUAAUAUGAUAACAUUCAUUAACUGAUUAUUGUACUACCAUUCAUUCUCAAGAAAUAAAC